AUGGAUCCCGUUACGGAUCUAGAUAUGGAUUAUUACGAGAAUCUCUAUCGACAAGCGGGUAGCAACAAGUGUGAUCGAUUUUCUUAUGACCAUGCCUCCCAUCUAGUCUUGGAUGGAGAGAAAUGGAUCAUGCGACCCCCUUCAAACCGCAUAGUCUCUCCUCAUUCACCAACACAUACCAGUCCAGUCUUGCCCACCAGGAUCAGGGUCUCCAAGAGACCUGAAAGGAGCUCCGAAACAAAGUGCAAAUACUACGUCGAUCCCGACGAUUUCUAUCGUCCGUUUGAUAAUAACCAGUUUGUCAAGCGGAGUUCAGAUUUUUCACUCGAGGAUGAUAAACCAGCCUUCAACGUCUCUGCCUUCGACGACUCCCCAGUCUCAUCCAACCCUGUCAAGCCGGGUGGGAUGAAACCCUUGGAUUCAACUGACGAUCUCGCCGCCUCGGUCAUCACUCUGAGAAGUGUCCUUGUUGGAAUCAUCUUAUCUCUGAUUUCGGCUGCCAUCGGGCAAUUUUUCCAGUUAAAGCCAGAAGGAUUUAAGAUUUCCUUGCUCACCCUACAGAUUCUGUCGUUCCUCUUGGGUACCCUUCUGUCAAAAGUCCUUCCUACUCGUUACCACUGGAUAAAUCCGGGCCCUUAUUCGAUCAAAGAGGAUGUCUUCGCCACCACGAUGGCUGCAUCAGCAGCCUACGCUGCCUUUGGAACCGAAAUCUUUGCACCCCAGAUUCUGUUUCUCCAUGCUGGCCCCGGAUUCUUCCUUUCAGUUGUAGCCCAAUUCGCCAAUCAACUCUUGGCUAUCUUAUACCCUGUUGCAUGCCUGUAUCCGGCUGUCAUUCCUCCCGUGAUUUUAUUCCAGUCAUUCCACGGCGGGGACAGUCUGGCCACCCGUCGAAUCAAUCUGUUCAAGCUCGUCGCCCCGUUGAUUGGUCUGUGGGAACUCUUGCCUCAGUUCCUGGCCCCCGCCUUUAGUGCCAUCAAUGUUUUUUGCUUGGCUCUGCCCGCCUCAAAGCAGGUCACUGCACUCUUCGGCGGCGCUUCCCCCAACACCGGAUUUGGACUCUUCUCAUUGAGCCUUGAUUGGACCAAUAUAUCCGCCGGAGUGAAUGGCGCAUCACCAAUGUACGUGCCGUGGAUCGCUCAAGUGAAUUCAUGGAUUGGGCUCAGUUUUGCCAUUUUGAUGUAUCUCAUCAUAUACAAAAUCGGACCUUAUGGCUCAGGUGCCAAAGACAACUUCCCCCUGCUGUCUACAAGCCUGCUCACAGAGUCCGGGAAAGAAUAUAAUCAUUCUGCCGUGUUCAUGUCCAAUGGCUCCUUAAGCCAGCAAGGCCUUGCUCAGGAAGGACUCCCAGCCUUCACCCUGUCAUUUGUGACCUCGCAAGCGUUUGCUGCAUUGUUGAUGACCAGCGCAGUUACUCAGGCUCUCAUUCAGAAUUGGACUUUGAUCACCGGAAUCAUCUUUCCCAAUCGUGGAGAGGGAGUCGCGAAAACAAAGGAUCCCCAUCUCGAAGAGAUGGCAAAAUACUCUGAUGUCCCCCAAUGGUUUUUAGGAUGUAUCUCUGUUGCAUCCGUGGCGCUUGGAUAUCUGUGCGCAACACUUGCUGGCAGUCAGAUGGGUGUUUUUGCAAUGCUGGCAUCAGUUCUUGUAAGAGGCUCACUCUAA